UUACAAUAUUGAUGAAUUUUAUCAAGACGAAAAUUUCUGGCCAAAAUUUGCCAAUUCCUUGGGGAAAUUCACGAACACUUUCUGGCAACACUGAGAGCAACAAUUCUUAACCCUCAGUAAAAAAAACUCGACUGCCAGUCAUUGGAUAUUAGAUCAAUGGAGUCAACUCUUAUUAAAAGCGAUGUCAUCAUAAUUGGUGCCGGACUCGCCGGAUUAACGGCGGCUCAUGAACUCAAGAAGAAGGAUGACAGUCUGAAUGUCAUGAUUCUCGAAGCAAAUUCUCGGGUUGGAGGUCGUCUGUUCUCGAAAGAAGUUUUAGUUGGAGGUCAAAAUGUCUCCAUUGAAUUGGGAGGACAGUUUUUGACCUCGACUCAAACGGAACUACUUGAUCUAUUGGCGGAUUUGCAAUUGGAUACACUAGAACUGGCCGGGACACCUUUUAAGCAGUUGUAUUUCUGCUCGACCCAUUGUUCUCCCUUGUGGAGGACGGGUGCUUUUAAUGCGACCUCAGGGUUCAAAGGCUGGGUUCGACAAUUUGAAUGGGUGUACCUCUUGAAUCGACUCAAGAACUAUGAGAGCGCCAUCCUCAUCAAACAUCCUUACAUCAAGCCCAAGUACGUUGAAUUAAGACUUGACAAUUGUUGUGGAUUGGCAGAGUACUUGGAUACCAUCUCUUUGCACGGUUUCUUGCGAGACUUUUGCUAUUUUGCCUCCAACCGGGAUAUGUUUGAGAUUGUUGUCUUGCGCAUUUUUGGUCGAUCUUCCACCGAAAUUUCGCUGCUGAUGUUCUUGAUAUAUUCCAAAUCAAUGGGGGGUGUCCACGAACUCUUCGGGCCCACGAAGAAACUUGCAAUUGCUGGAGGUUCAGCGGCUUUAUUGGACAGGCUGGCCAAGACAAUUGGCGUCGAUAGCAUUGUCACAAAUCAACCAGUUCAGUGCAUUGUUACUGAUGACGAAAAGGUCUAUGUGACGAGCUCCACUCAGCAAAUUUAUGUUUGCCAGAGAGUAAUUUGCGCUAUUCCCCCUGAGCACCUACCCAUGGUCCAAUUUGAGCCUAAUCUUGGGCCCAAAAUGGCCAAGUCUGUGAAGAGCUGGUCGUCUGGGAACAUGAUCAAAUUUGUCGUGGUCUACUCUCGUCCAUUUUGGAAGGAUCAUCGACUUUCAGGGACCAUGGCAUGUCUCCAAGGCAAGCAAAUCCAGAAGGUCUGCUCUGGCUUACCCAUCACUCAAGUCUUUGAUGCCUCCUUGUCCACCAACGAAGACGAUCCGGGCAUUCUCUCCGGUCUCUUAGCCGGUCCUGCCGCUCUUCAAUGGGGCGAGAUCAAUCCAGAGACAUUGAAGCUGUCCAUUAUAGAAACCCUGAGCGAAUACUUCGGACAUUGGGCCCAGAACGAGACACACCACAUUGAGCUCCAUUAUUGGGACCAAGAAAUUUUCAGCUCUUCGCCCAUAUGCUCACAAAGACUUGGCUGCCUGGAAUAUGCUUACACUCUCCGGGAUCCUCAUCAAGAUAAAGUGUUCUUUGCCGGAGCAGAAUUGUCCGUUCAAUGGAUGGGACAAAUGGCUGGAGCUGUUUUAUCUGGUACCCGGGCAGCUAUCCAAGUAUUGGACGAUCUCCGUCCACAAUCUUUAUCAACCAAGGACUAUAAAGUGCUUAAAUCCAUUCAUCUUUCCACAGAGGAUCGAUUUCCCAAACACGUUCAAAGCUCGAGAAAUUAUGGAAUCUAUCGUUGGACCCUCUUUUUGCCCAUGACUUGCAUUGCCUUUGGCUAUGGAGCUUGCUUCUUGAGAGACAAGUGGUGUGGCAUCUUUAUCCCAAUGCAUUAAUUCUUUGAAUCAUGAAACUAUAUAAAUUGGUAAUAAUUUUUGAAAUUUUGAAAAUGAUCAGUGAUUAAAGAUUUGCCAUAAA